CGUAUCCCUACUGAAGCACACCCAGAGCGCUGCAACAUUCGAUCUGGAUUGUCUUUCUGGUGCUCCGAGGCUUUGGCUGCGACCCGGACUCAUCCACACUAACUCGACAUGCGAUUCAUCUGGGGCCUUCCGCCUUGCAGCCUGUAUCCGCUCGUCAACGCCGAAGAGCUGCCCAAGGCUCUCCUCCCGGUUGGAAACAAGCCCAUGAUCUACUACCAACUGCAGUGGCUCGAGGCUGCUCGCAUUCACGAGAUCAUCAUUCUCACCCAGGUCGGGGCUGCCAAGAAAAUCAAAGACUAUUUCAAGAUCUACGAAAGCAGCUCGGACACUGCCAUCGAAGUCGUGACCGUCGACGAAGACUAUGGCACUGCCGAUGCACUCCGACACAUCAAGAACAAAAUCAAGAAAAACUUCAUUGUCCUGAGCUGCGACGUCAUCACAGAUGUUCAUCCGCACCAGAUCAUCGACUUGCAUCGGGCACAGAAUCCUUCGGCCACGGUGCUGUUCUACGACAGCUCCAAGCUGGAGAGCGGUGCGGACAAACCCAAGGGAAAGGACGAAGACACGAUCGAAUAUGUUGGAAUUGAAAGUAGCAAAUCGCGACUGGUCCUGCUGACUUCUCCGGACGACAUCGAGGACGAACUCCCCAUCCAGAUCUCGGCAGCCAAAAAAUUCCCUGUGGUCAAUGUGACGACCCAGCUCCGCAACGCACAUAUCUAUAUCUUCAACCGAUGGGUGAUGGACCUGAUUGUCCAGAAGAAGCACAUCUCGAGCUUGCGCGAGGAGCUGCUGCCUCUGCUGGUCAAGGCCCAAUACUCCAAGCGGGUCCUGGAGAACGAAGGAAUCGAUAAGCUGAUGGCCACGGGCGGCGACAGCUUCCUGCGUGCUCGGGCACUCUCGACAUCAGGCAGCGCCUAUCUGGAAGAUCGAGGCGUCAUCUGCACCGCCGUGACGAUCAAUGACUCGUUCUGCGGCCGUGCCAACACCGUGUGGUCUUACUCGCAGAUCAACUUCCAGUUCACAAAGAGCCACGGCGAAGACUCGAAGAUCUCCAGCUCGGCUGUUGUUGAUCCCAAGACCCCAGUCAGUGCGGACUCGCUGAUCGGAGAAAGCACCAAGAUCGGAGAGCGUGGAAGCAUCAAGAAGUGCAUCAUUGGAAGCCACUGCACCAUCGGCAAGAUGGUCAAGCUCACGGGCUGCAUCAUCAUGGACCACGUUGUGAUCGAGGACGGGGCCAAACUCGACGGCACCAUCGUCUGCAACGAAGCCCGCAUCAUGGAGAAGGCGACGCUCAAGGACUGCGAGGUUGGAGUCAAGGCCGUGGUGGAACGAGAGGCCACCCACAAGAACGAGCAUCUGCUCCGUUACGAAGAAAUGACCGACUGAGUCGAGAGGGCCUCCAAAGGAUCUCCCCCCGCCGCGCUGUUGCCACUCGCCGGUUAACUCGCAAAAAUACACAAAAAACCUGUCCAUAAUCUGAAACG